UUUGUUGUGACAUCCCCUUUUCAGUGCUUCUCUGAUUUCAGGAACUGCACUUUAUUGUCUAAGGGUGACAUAUGUGCAGCAUAUGGACGAUGAUGAGCGGUUCCUUGGUUUAAUUUGUGGGAGGUGAAAUUUGUGCGGUAUGCGAAAAACAGGGUAUGCGUGUAUGUAGUCGGUAUGCUGCGAUUGGUAUGUACCGCCCCGUCUCGUUGCUCAUGCGCGUCUUGCGGACACUGGUGCUCUCGUCUGUUGACUGAAAAAGACGUUGCGUCACCGAGAGACCGGUGGGCUGUUGUGUCUUGCUGCGUGUAGCAGACUGGUUGUGAUAGUAAGGCAGCGUGAGCGUAGGUGUAAGCUUACGGUAUGCUAAGGAUAGCACAGACGCCUGUAGUAGACAGCGCAUCCUUUGUGUCAGCUGUAGUAUCCAAUUUAGACCCGCAACCGUACUGGUCCAACGAUAUUGCAUUGCCAAAGUGUGUAGGUCCUGCUAUGUUAGUUGUGGCUUAUUAAAUUGGUAGUCCGUAAUCCUCUUUGCCCAAGAAGUUUCGCUCCCGCCGAGCGACGUUAGUGAAUUCUUAACUGCUCAAAUCGAGUCAUUCCCAGAUGCUGGUUUGUGUUCAUUUAUUGGCAGUCGAUUGCUGAAGCGCCGCGCGGUCGCGUAAGCUCGUCUCGAACCCGUCGGCGAAAUUUGCAUCGCGGAAUCAAAUUUCCGGGCAAAUUACAUGCGCCUGGCUGUUACUGGUCGACUAUAAGAGAAGCGAACGAAGUGGUCAUCGCAGCAUUCCAGUUUGCCCACUUCUGGUUGGAGGUAUGCACAGAUUGAGCUACGGACUACUCGUGACGAUGAUGAGAUCGUAUGCACUUGUUUUUGCCAUAUGUGCUGCUUGUUUGGCGAGAACGUCGACGAUACAAGUGCGUGACGCAUUCCAGCAUGCCCAUCUCGACAACGAAAUCGAGGAGCAGAAGCUGGAGCUGCAGCAGGAGCUGCUCAUGCUGCUUGGAAUCAACGAACCACCACAGCUCACCCACCAUCAUCAUAACGUCGUUCCGGCUUACAUGAUGAACCUCUAUAGUCGCUUCUCGGCGGAUGUAUCCGACCUGGACGACGAGUGGCCGGUACUGACGGCCGAUAAGACGACUCUGAAAGCUACCAGCAUCAGAGGAUUCCUUGCACAACGAGGUCAGCACAUGAUGAGAUCCUUAUUGACGCAGAGGUUCACUUUUCUGUCUGCUAACAUCAAUCCGUCUGACGUCGUCUUGCAGGCGAAACUCACGAUGCUAUGGAAACCGUCCGAGGCAGCGAAUCGCAAUCUGGGAACCGAGUUUGUUGUAUCCGUCUAUCAGUACACGAGGGACGACGAGAAGGACGCAGAACUGACACAGAGGAGAACACUCUCACUGCAAGGCAGAAACCGUCCGCAAUGGCUGCACUUCAAUGUUCGACGAAAAGGCAAGAAUAACAUGAUUGUAAGCAGAGGAGGUACUGUCAACUUUCUGGUUAAAGUCCACGCGGUGGGAAACGACACGAAUCAGCUGAGUCCUCGAGAUAUCGGAUUGAGCACGUACCACGUGAGCCAGAGAGAGCAGCCAUUGUUGGUCGUGUACACCCACAGCAAGAGACGUCGAUUCAGGAGACAGACUCACGAGAGGAGGGAGAGAAUAGCCGAUCUGGUGGCUCAACUGUCAGAGACAAGGAAACGUCGAGCAUCCGCAGACGACGAUUUCGGCUCACUGAAUCAAACCCUGUUUGCUGGCUCGGCUCUGCCCAGUUCUUCAUCAUCUCCUGAAUCGCUAAUGUCGAAGCAACAGAAGAGAAUAUGCCACAGAAGAGAAAUGAAUGUAACAUUUAGAGAGUUUGGUUGGAACUCAUGGAUCAUAGCACCCAAGACGUACCAAGCAUAUGCUUGCCGCGGGGAAUGCAAGUUUCCAUUUUCUCAUUCUGGCUCGGUCAACAAGACAAAUCAUGCCCACGUGCAGGCUCUUCUACAUCACAUGUAUCCAGAGGACACACCGAGAGUCGUGUGCUCACCCUGGUCGUUCAAUGACUUGAUGAUUCUUUACUACAAGGAAACUAAUGAAGUCGUAUACCAACGAUAUGAUGACAUGAUUGUUACUGCAUGUGGCUGUCGAUAGCCAUGGAGAUGAAUGGUAUUGUAGACAGAGAGAAGUGUGACAGACCUCUGGGAACUGUACAGUUUCCAUGCGGCCAGACAAAUUGAUAGUAAUAUACAGAGUCGGAUGCUUUCGGGUUUGCUUUAAUUAAAGUAGACGAGAACCAGAGACAGAGAUAGUAGGCAGGCAUAUCAUUAUGUAUUGUAGUGGGAUAUAACGAACCGAUCUUUAGAGUCGGAUUUUUUACUGUAAGACAAGCGUAUGACCUACAAUUUAUUGCAAUAUACUGGCAUAUUUUCAAUAUAAGACGGUGUCAA